AUGGAUGUACCUACCUAUCAGCUAUGGAUAGCUGGCAAGGAGCAGCCGGGGGAAGGAGAUUUGAUACAGAUAGAGAAUCCAGCGACUGGUGAAGUGUUUGCUCACUGCCACGCCGCCUCCAACACCAUCGUCGAAACCACCGUGAAGCUCGCACACGAGACUUUCAAAUCCGGCGUCUGGUCCCGAGCAGAGCGACAUUAUCGCGCCGACACUCUCGAGAAGAUUGCAACAAAUUUAAGCAAAGCGCUCCCGACGCUCAUCGCUCUGGAAGUGCAACAGACUGGGAGAGCGGUCCGUGAGUUGGAGGCGCAGGUCCCGUCGCUCACGAAGUGGUUUAGGUAUUAUGCUGCGCUUGUGAGGACGGAGGAGAGGGGGGUGAUGCCUACUACUGGCAAACUCCACAACUGGAUCGACCGCAAGCCACUCGGCGUAGUGGUCCAGAUCACACCCUUCAACCACCCGCUCCUAAUCGCCGUCAAGCAAAUCGCCCCAGCUCUCGCCGCAGGCAAUAGCGUAAUCCUAAAACCAAGCGAGCUCACUCCACUCACCAGCCUGCUGCUCGGGAAAAUCAUGAAAGAGGCCGGCCUCCCCGACGGCGUCUUCUCGGUCCUCCCAGGUCAUGGUGCUACUACCGGCAAAGCACUCGUGUCGCACCCGCUCGUAAAGAAAGUCGACGUGACUGGCGGAACGCCUUCCGGUCGAGCCAUUGGUGCGAUAGCAGGUGCGAACUUGGCGAGAUUCACUGCUGAGCUGGGAGGCAAGGCGCCUGUGAUUGUGACGGAACAUGCGGAUCGAACGCUUGCGGUUAAUGGGGUGGUGUUUGGGGCGUUUAUGGCUAGUGGACAGACGUGCAUUGCUGCUACUAGGAUCGUGGUACACCAGUCGAUCUUCCCACGGUUUAUUGAGGACUUGAAGAGAAAAACCGAAUCCAUCGAGCGCCGCAUCGGGAGCCCGGCUAAUAAGCAGAGCAUGAUGGGCCCGUUGAUCUCGAAGAAGCAGCUGGACAAUGUCAUCAGUCUCGUUGACGAUGCUGUGGCCCAAGGCGCUGAGGUGAUAACAGGGGCUCAUCGACUGACUGGAAAGUCUCUUUUCGACAACUUCGACCUCUCCCGCGGCCACUUCUACGCACCCACAAUCCUAACCGACAGCCCCUCCACCAAAAUCACAUCCACGCGAAUCUGGCACGAAGAAGCCUUCGGCCCCGUCAUCGUCGUCGUCCCCUACUCCAUCGAAUCCGAAGCCCUCCACCUCGCCAACGACUCCGAAUUCGGGCUCGGCGCAGCAGUCUGGACUCAAGACCUUUCUCAAGCGCACAGACUCUCCGACGGCAUCGACGCAGGGAUCGUCUGGGUCAAUACCCACCAUCGUAACGAUCCGAGUAGUCCUUGGGGCGGCGUCGGCAGUUCUGGCGUCGGGAGUGAGAAUGGGGUUGAUGCGUUACAUGCUUAUACCACGAUCAAGAGUACGAUUGUGAAUUAUGCGUCGACUGAGGAGGGGUUGGCGAGUGAUGAUUGGUUUGGGGAGGGGAGUGGGGUUGUGAGGUAUGUAUGGGUAGAUGGAGGGUUGUGUGCUUGGUCGAACGUUCAAUGUGGGCGAUACUGUCCUUUAUCGUGGGCGCAGUGUUCCGUAUCACGCGCGUGCUCCUCCCAACCGAACACGCGCUCUUUUCUGUGA